AUGGACCUUAUUUACAGAAACAUCUGCAGAGCAAUUGAAUUGCUGGAGAAAUUACAGAGAAGUGGAGAAGUGCCACCACAAAAGCUACAGGCAUUGCAAAGGGUGCUUCAAAGUGAAUUCUGCAAUGCUGUAAGAGAGGUGUACGAACACGUAUAUGAAACUGUGGAUAUCAGCAGUAGCCCAGAAGUUAGAGCUAAUGCAACAGCAAAGGCCACGGUAGCUGCAUUUGCUGCUAGUGAAGGUCAUUCUCAUCCCAGAGUGGUUGAACUACCCAAAACUGAAGAAGGUCUUGGCUUCAACAUUAUGGGAGGCAAAGAGCAAAAUUCUCCAAUUUAUAUCUCUCGAAUUAUCCCUGGAGGUAUAGCUGACAGACAUGGAGGCCUGAAACGUGGAGACCAGCUGCUUUCUGUAAACGGAGUGAGUGUUGAAGGGGAGCACCAUGAGAAGGCAGUGGAACUGCUGAAGGCAGCUCAAGGAAAGGUUAAGUUAGUUGUGCGAUACACACCGAAAGUCCUCGAAGAAAUGGAGUCCAGGUUUGAAAAAAUGAGAUCGGCAAAGCGAAGGCAGCAAAAUUAACACUGCGUGCAAUAACUUAAAGCAAAAAUAUAUAUUGCUUUUACCUUUUAUAGUUUCUUUGUGACUCAGUUGAUCCAAUGCCUGUCAUAAGACCCUGUCCUUUUCAUAGAAUCGUGGAACAAUUGAGGUUGGAGGGACUAGAUGUAGUUCAUUCCCCGUUACCCAGCUCAGAGGGGGGCCAGCUAGAGCCGGUGUCUCAGGAGUGUGACAAGCUGGCUUAUUAGACAUCUCUAAGGAUGGAGACUCCAGAAGAUGAUCUCUGGACAGUCUGUUGUAGUGUUUUCCUCUCCUUUACACUAUGAAGAUCCAUUUCUAUGUUUAAGUAGAGCUUCUGGUAUUUCUACUUGUGCCCACUUCUCUUGUCCAGUCACUAGAUCUACUGGGAGGAGUUAGGCUCUUCCUUUAUUCCUCCCUUUCAGGCAUUUACACAGGUUGGUAAGAUCACCUGAGCCUUCUCUUCUCCAGGGGAGAGAGACAAUCCCAGUUCUUCCAACUUCUCCUUGUCUGUAAGAUACUCCAAUCACUUAAUCACCUCUGUGGCCCUUAACUGCAUUCACUCUUGUAUGCCCAUUUCUGUAUUGGACUGGGGCUAAAACUGGACCCAGCACUUGAGUUGGAAUCCCCUCCCUCAGCUUGCUGGCAGUGCUCUUUUCAGUGUAGAACAGGAGAUUUGGGCUUCUUUGCUGCAAGGGCACGUGGUGGCUCAUGGCUUGUGCUGUUCUCUGCAAGGCUGCUUUGCAGCUGCUCAGUCCCCCAGUCUGUACUGGAGGAUGAGGUUUUUUCCCCCCCACUGUAGGACUUUGCACUUUUCUUUGCUGAAUUUCUUGAGAGUCUUGUUUGC